CUGUAGGUUGCACUGUUGUCCUCCAACCAACAGCGGGCGCUGCUUGGAUUAUUCCUACAUUAAAGGACGCCAACAUGACGACGCUACGGCCGUUCAACUGCGACGAUUUGUUUAAAUUCAACAAUAUCAAUUUGGACCCUUUGACAGAAACUUAUGGGAUCCCGUUCUACCUGCAGUAUUUGGCUCAUUGGCCCGAGUACUUCAUUGUUGCCGAGGCCCCCGGAGGCGAACUGAUGGGAUACAUCAUGGGUAAGGCGGAGGGCUCGGUGGCCCGAGAGGAGUGGCACGGCCACGUCACCGCGCUCUCCGUGGCGCCAGAGUUCCGCCGGUUGGGAUUGGCCGCCAAACUCAUGGACAUGCUGGAGGAGAUCUCGGAAAGGAAGGGCGGCUUCUUCGUGGACUUGUUUGUCCGCGUGUCCAACCAGGUGGCGGUCAGCAUGUACAAGCGUCUGGGCUACAGCGUCUACAGGACCGUCAUUGAGUACUACUCGGCCAGCAACGGCGAGCCUGACGAGGACGCCUACGACAUGAGGAAAGCGCUGUCCCGAGACACGGAGAAGAAGUCCAUCAUCCCGCUGCCACAUCCUGUCAGGCCUGAGGACAUUGAAUAACCACGCUUGUGGCUCGCUGGCGGACGCCAUGAUUCAAAGCGGCUUUUUUAUCGAAUGCCAGGGAGCCACAGAGCAAAAAAGUUUCAAAUCGUCUUUAAUUGCUGUACAUUCUCAAUAAACUAUUGUAAAAAAA